AUGGGCUACCCAGACACCUUUGAAGGCUUCAUGAUUGAAGAUCAAAAGAAUUGGACCGAUUUCAAGCGCAAGGAGUUCAAGCCGAAACCAUUUGAAUCCCACGACGUUGAUAUCAAGAUUGACGCUUGCGGAGUAUGCGGUUCCGACGUCCAUACCAUAAAUGGCGGCUGGGGCGAAUGCCCACUCCCAAUCUGCGUCGGCCACGAAGUCAUUGGCAAGGCCAUUAAGGUCGGCGACGAUGUAACAACAUGUAAAGUCGGUGACAGGGUUGGCGUAGGCGCGCAGAUCCAGGCUUGCCUGGAAUGCAGGAUCUGCAAGAUGGGACAGGAGAACUAUUGCCCCAACAAAGUCGACACGUACGGAGCAAAAUACAAAGAUGGCACAAUCUCUCAAGGCGGCUACGCCUCCCACAUCCGCGCGCACGAGUACUUCACCUUCAAGAUCCCGGACAACAUCUCCACCGCCGACGCCGGCCCAAUGAUGUGCGCAGGCCUAACCGUCUGGUCGCCUCUCGUCCGCGCGAAAGUCGGGCCUGGCAAAAAAGUCGGCGUAGUCGGAAUCGGCGGACUAGGCCACUUCGCGCUCCUCUGGGCCUCCGCCCUCGGCGCCGAAGUCUAUGCCCUCUCCUCCAACCCCUCCAAAAAAGACGACGCGCUAAAACUCGGCGCUAAAGAAUUCAUCUGCACGACAGCCGACAAAGAGCACUGGCACGAACCCUGGGCCUUCACCUUCGACUUCCUGCUCAAUACGGCCGACAUGACGCACAAAUUCAAUAUCGAGCAGUAUACGAGCACGGUGGGUAUCAAUGGCGAAUUCCACCACGUGGGAUUGCCGAAUGAGCCCCUGCCACCGAUUAUGGCGCAGAUGUUUACGGUGAAUGGGAGUAAGAUGGGUGCGAGCCAUAUUGGGAACAGACCGGAGUUGCUGGAGAUGCUGAAGAUGGCGAGUGAGAAGGGGAUUAAGCCUAUGGUGCAGACGCUGCAGCUUGGGGAGAAGGGCGAGGGGUGUGCGGAGGCGGUUAGGAGGGUGGAGGGGAAUGAUGUUAGGUAUCGGUUUAGUCUUGUCGGGUUUGAUAAGGUGUUUGGGUCGUAG